CAACUAGAACCUACACAAGCACACAUUGCGUAUGUUUUGAUCGGAGCGGUUUCUGUAAUUUUUUCUCUCGUCUCCCUUGUGUUCAAAGAACAGCUUUUCAUCGGAGAAGCUAUCGUGGGGACUUUCUUUGGCUCUGUGGUAGGUCCACAUGUCCUCAACUGGUUUAAUCCGUCACGCUGGACCGAUAAUGUGGACAAUCUCACUUUCGAGCUCUCUAGGCUCAUACUGGUCAUCCAGUUGUUCGCUACCGGGGCAGAGCUUCCUCCCAAAUAUAUAUGGAAACAUAUUAGAUCGCUCAAUUUGGUCCUCUUCGGGGCCAUGAUAUAUGGUUGGCUCAUACUUUCGCUAUUUGUGUGGCUGAUCUUCCGGAGCGUCGGUCUCAACUUCAGCGACUCGCUGCUGGUGGGAUCCACAUUUGUGGCAACUGAUCCUGUCCUAGCAGCAGCGAUAGUUGGCAAAAGCAAGUUUGCUGAACGAAUCCGGGCUGACGUAAGAAAUCUGAUCCAGGCCGAGUCCGGGUCGAAUGACGGUCUUGCAUUCCCCUUUGUGACACUUUCAAUAAACUUGAUUCUUAACAGGCCAGACAAUAUUCAUGCCGGUGAAAUUGUGAAAGACUGGGUUCUCGUGGGCAUUUUGUACCAGUGUGCUUUUGGAAUAUUAUUUGGUGUCGUUAUUGGGAGCUUGGGCAGAUAUUCUUAUCUUUUCACUCGCAGUCACCGUUGGAUUGACAAUGAGUCAUCGCUGGUGUUCUACAUUGGUCUGUCACUGAUAAUUACCGGGCUGGCGUCAAUUUUGGGCUGCGACGACUUGUUAGCCUCUUUCGCUGCCGGAUGCGCUUAUAGCUGGGGUGGGCAAAUAGAUUUUGAACUACAGCCCAGUGGGGACGAUCAUACAGAUUCAGAGCCUUUGCGUUUUUCUAGUGUUGUUGAUUUGCUUCUCAACACUGCAUACUUCGUUUACGUGGGUUCAAUUCUUCCAUGGAACGAGUUUUCUCCGUAUGCCAGUAAAUUGGUGGCCCUAGGCGUUGUUUUCGUGUUUCUUUCCAGAAUCCCGGCAAUGUUAUUCUUGCAGCACAUCACUCCAGACAUCCGUGAUUGGAAAGACGCGCUCUUUAUCGGCCAUUUUGGGCCUCGUGGUGUCGGCUCUAUUUUCUGCUGCCUUUUGGCCAAGCACCUGCUGGAAACCCGGUCUUCCGACCCGUCCUCGCAUGAAACUCUUUUGAAAGUCAUGUGGCCAAUAACUACGUUUAUUGUUGUCAUUUCGGUUGUUGUCCAUGGCUUUUCAAUC